UAAUACCUGUACCUGUCAGAAUGGUUAUACAGGUGUCAAUUGUGAAAUUCCAAUUUGUUUCAAUGUUCCUGCCAAUUUUUCACAUUCUUGUUAUGGACAUGGUAACUGCGUUGAUCAUGAUCUUUGUAUAUGUAAUGAUGGAUACACUGCUGCAUUGAAUUGCUCCCUUCCAAUAUGUUAUGGAUUAGAUUCUAGUCAGCUAAUUGUUUGUUCUUCACAUGGACAAUGUUUGGCUCCAAAUAAUUGUUCAUGUUUUGAUGGUUUUACAUUCGAUAAUUGUUCAAUUCCAAUUUGUUACAAUAUUGAUGCUUCCAAUCAAUCAGUGUGUAAUGGAUUUGGUGAAUGUUAUUCUCCAAAUAAUUGUAAAUGUCAUGAAAAUCAUAUUGGAUUACAAUGUGAAAUUCCAAUUUGUUUUGGAGUUCCAUCAAAUGAAACUCAGUCGUGUAAUGGUAAUGGACAAUGUAUUCAAUAUAAUGAAUGUGUGUGUAAUUCAGAUUAUACAGGAAUAGACUGUUCAAUUCCAAUAUGUUUUGGAAGUAAUGCCACCAACCCAACUGUUUGUUCUUCGCAUGGCGUUUGCCAAGCACCAGAUCAAUGUCAAUGUCAUGAAGGAUAUACUGGAAUGCAAUGUGAAAUUCCAAUUUGUUUCAACAUUCCAGCAACCAAUUCCAGCACAUGUUCAUUCCAUGGAGAAUGUAUCGACCAUAAUCUUUGCACAUGUCAUGAUGGAUACACUGCUGCAUUGAAUUGCUCCCUUCCAAUAUGUUAUGGAUUAGAUUCUAGUCAAUCAAUGGUUUGUUCUUCACAUGGUCAAUGUUUGGCUCCAAAUAACUGUACAUGUUUUGAUGGUUUUACAUUCGAUAAUUGUUCCAUUCCAAUUUGUUACAACAUAGAUGCUUCCAAUAGUUCAGUAUGUAGUGGAUUUGGUGAAUGUUAUUCUCCAAAUAAUUGUAAAUGUCAUGAAAAUCAUAUUGGAUUACAAUGUGAAAUUCCAAUUUGUUUUGGCGUGCCAUCAAAUGAAACUCAAGCUUGCAAUGGUAACGGACAAUGUAUUCAAUAUAACGAGUGUGUGUGCCACUCAGAUUAUACAGGAAUAGACUGUUCAAUUCCAAUAUGUUUUGGAAUUAAUGCUACUAAUCAAAAGAAUCACAUUGGAUCACAAUGUGAAACUCCUCUCUGUUACAACAUUCCAGCUAAUGAUUCCAAUGUAUGUUCUUCUCACGGUUCCUGCCAAUCCGUUGAUGAAUGCCAAUGUCAAUUGGGAUUUACUGGUUUGACAUGUUCUAUUCCUAUUUGCUAUGGUAUUAAUGGAACUAAUUCAAGUUCAAUAUGUUCUUCACAUGGUAAAUGUGUGAAUUGGGAUACUUGUCAAUGUGACACUGGAUAUACAGGACUAGAAUGCCAAGUGCCAAUUUGCUUUGAAAUAUUAGCAAAUUAUAGCUUGGUAUGCUCAAGCCAUGGUUCUUGUAUUGAUCAUAACAAUUGCAGUUGCAUGCCUAGUUAUGUGGAUAUUGACUGCUCCAGUCCAGUUUGCUAUGCUCUCAACAGUUCCGACGUUUUAGUUUGUUCUUCACAUGGUGAUUGCCUAUCACCAAAUAAUUGUUCAUGUCAUGAAGGAUUUACAUCUGAUAAUUGCUCCAUUCCAAUUUGUUACAAUAUUGAUGCUUCCAAUAGUUCAGUAUGUAGUGGAUUUGGUGAAUGUACUUUUCCAAAUAAUUGUAAAUGUCAUGAAAAUCAUGUGGGAUUACAAUGUGAAAUUCCACUUUGUUUUGGAAUUCCAGCAAAUGAAACUCAGUCGUGUAAUGGUAAUGGACAAUGUAUUCAAUAUAAUGAAUGUGUGUGUCAUUUAGAUUUUACAGGACUCAAUUGCUCCAUUCCAAUAUGUUUUGGAAUUAAUGCCACUGAUCAAAGUCAUGUUUGUUUUUCACAUGGCGUUUGUCAAGCACCAGAUCAAUGUCAAUGUCAUGAAGGAUAUACUGGAAUGCAAUGUGAAAUUCCAAUUUGUUUCAAUAUUCCAGCUAAUGAUUCCAGUACAUGUUCAUCUCAUGGAGAAUGCAUUGAGUUCAAUAACUGUUCUUGUCAUGAUGGAUACACCGCCGCAUUGAAUUGUUCACUCCCAAUAUGUUAUGGAUUAGAUUCCAGUCAGUCAGUGGUUUGUUCUUCACAUGGACAAUGUUUGGCUCCAAAUAACUGUUCGUGUUUUGAAGGAUAUACAGCUGAAAAUUGUUCCAUGGCAAUUUGUUACAACAUUGAUGCUUCCAAUCAAUCAGUGUGUAAUGGAUUUGGUGAAUGUUAUUCUCCAAAUAAUUGUAAAUGUCAUGAAAAUCAUAUUGGAUUACAAUGUGAAAUUCCACUUUGUUUUGGAAUUCCAUCAAAUGAAACUCAGUCGUGUAAUGGUAAUGGACAAUGUAUUCAAUAUAAUGAAUGUAUGUGUCAUUCAAAUUAUACAGGACUCAAUUGCUCCAUUCCAAUAUGUUUUGGUAUAAAUGCCACCAACCAACCUGUUUGUUUUUCACAUGGUAUUUGUCAAAAACCAGAUCAAUGUCAAUGUCAUGAAGGAUAUACUGGAAUGCAAUGUGAAAUUCCAAUUUGUUUCAACAUUUCAGCUAAUGAUUCCAGUACAUGUUCAUCCCAUGGAGAAU